AUGCCAAUAACAACCAUUCUAUUCGACUGCGAUAACACGCUUGUCCUCUCAGAGCCAUUAGCUUUCGCUUCCUGUGCUGAAGUCUCCAAUCUCAUCCUGGAGACUUACGCUCCACAUGUCUCGCAUCGAUAUACUGGCCCAGAACUUCAAGCUGAAUAUGUAGGAAAGAAUUAUCGUGCUCUGAUGGCAGCAUUGGAAGAGAAGCAUGGAUUUGUCAUCCCCACAAAAGACUUGGACAAGUGGGUGGACACAGAAUUAGCAACGACGAUGAAAUAUAUCAAAGCAAAGGCAACUCCAUGUGAAGGUGUUAUGCCAGUGCUCGAAAAACUUCAACGAGAAGGGAAAUACAAUAUCGCUAUCGUCAGCUCCAGUGCUUUGCCUCGAGUGCUCGCAUCGAUACAUACAACUAAACAAGAUGCCUACUUCCCCUCCGAAAAGGUCUUCUCCGCCGCUUCGAUGACUCCUCCAACAUCGAAACCUGAUCCUGCUGUGUACCUACACGCAUGUGAACAGCUCGGUGUGAAUCCAGCUGAAUGUGUAGCAAUUGAAGACAGUAGGUCUGGCGCUACAGCUGCCACCCGAGCUGGUAUUCCAUUGAUGGGAUACGUUGGGCCAUACUAUGAGGAAGGAGCUGAAGAAGUAGAGCGGAUGGAUCGCUUACUGAAGGAGGAUUGUAAAGCUGUAGUGGUCAUGCAUCAUUGGAGGGACUUCGAGGAUUGCUUGCGUAAGAUUGAGGAUCAUGCAUCCUAUUGUACAGGCUUAGUCUCAUACUGGCUGUCUGGUUUGAUUGAUGAUGCUUACUACGCUGAGUGA